AUGCUGCGCGCCGGCUCUCGCAACCUCCGAUCCAAUCAAAUCAAAAACCCCAUUACAUCAUGGAAGAUCGUCCGCGGAGACACUGUGCAAGUGAUGCAGGGGGCAGAUCACGGAAAGAAGUCGGUGGUCAUUAAAGUAUCUCGAAAGACCAACCGUGUUGUCGUGCGAGGAAUCAAAUUGGCCAAGCGCCGGAUCAAGGCGACGGAGGAGUCGCAGGGCGGCUUCGUGUACCGAGAGCAGCCCAUCCACUACUCCAACGUUUCCCUCGUCGACCCGUCCGAUGGCAAGCCGUGCAAGAUCUCGAUGUCGUACCUGGCGGACGGCACGAAGGUGCGAGUGUCCAAGCGCACGGGCACCGUCAUCCCCAAGCCCGCCGAACUCACCGCCAAGCGCUUCAAGAACUACCUCGAUGGUGUGAAGGACACCAAGCCGGAGGUGGUGACGCUGAAGACCUUUGAUGAGACGUCGCUGGUACCGGAGCUCGACGAGCUCACCAUCGCCAAGGUCCACGAGAAGCUCCUCCUGGAGAAGGAGGAGGCCGAGCAGAAGAGGCUGGCCCGCGAGCAGGCCCGCGUGGCCUACGGCUUCAGCUCCUCCUCCGACGAACCCCGCAACGUCGGCAGCGACAGCAAGAAGGAGGAGGCCGAGGUGGUGUGA